CAUGCACUCAGUGUGGGAAGAGUUAUUGCCAAUCAUCACACCUUAAUCAACACAUGAUGAUCCACACUGGAGAGAAACCAUUCACAUGCACUCAGUGUGGGAAAAGUUUUAACCGCUCAUCAGGCCUUUAUCAACAUAUGAGGAUUCACACUGGAGAGAAACCAUUCACAUGCACUCAGUGUGGAAAAAGUUUUAACCGCUCAUCAAACCUUUAUAAACACAUGAGGAACCACACUGGAGAGAAACCAUUCUCAUGUGUUCAGUGUGGGAAGAGUUUUAACUUCUCAUCAACCCUUUAUCAACACAUGACAAUCCACACUGGAGAGAAACCAUUCACAUGCACUCAGUGUGGGAAGAGUUUUACCUGCUCAUCACGCCUUCAUCAACACAUGAGGAUCCACACUGGAGAGAAACCAUUCACAUGCACUCAGUGUGGGAAGUGUUUUAACUUUUCAUCAAACCUUAAUCGACACAUGAUAAUCCACACUGGAGAGAAACCAUUCACGUGCACUCAGUGUGGGAAGAGUUUCCGCCAAGCAUCAUCACUUAAUAAACACAUGAGGAUCCACACUGGAGAGAAACCAUUUACUUGCACUCAGUGUGGGAUGAGUUUCAACCGCUCAUCAAACCUUGAUCACCACAUGAGGAUCCACACUGGAGAGAAACCAUUUACUUGCACUCAGUGUGGGAAGAGUUUCAACCGCUCAUCAAACCUUGAUCAACACAUAAGGAUCCACACUGGAGAGAAACCAAUAACGUGCACUCUGUGUGGGAAGAGUUUUCGCCAAUCAUCAUCCCUUUCUAAACACAUGAGGACCCACACUGGAGAGAAACCAUUUACUUGCACUCAGUGUGGGAAGAGUUUCAGCCAAUCAUCAAACUUUAAUCUACACAUGAGGAUCCACACUGGAGAGAAACCAUUUACGUGCACUCAGUGUGGGAAGAGUUUCCGCCAAGCAUCAUCACUUAAUAAACACAUGAGGACCCACACUGGAGAGAAACCAUUUACUUGCACUCAGUGUGGGAAGAGUUUCAACCGCUCAUCACACCUUAAUCAACACAUAAGGAUCCACACUGGAGAGAAACCAAUAACGUGCACUCAGUGUGGGAAGAGUUUUCACCAAUCAUCAUCCCUUUAUAAACACAUGAGGAUCCACACUGGAGAGAAACCAUUCACAUGCACUCAGUGUGGGAAGAGUUUCCGCCAAUCAUCAAACUUUAAUCUACACAUGAGGAUCCACACUGGAGAGAAACCAAUAACAUGCACUCAGUGUGGGAAGAGUUUUCACCAAUCAUCAUCCCUUUAUAAACACAUGAGGAUCCACACUGGAGAGAAACCAUUCACAUGCACUCAGUGUGGGAAGAGUUUCAGCCAAUCAUCAAACUUUAAUCUACACAUGAGGAUCCACACUGGAGAGAAACCAAUAACGUGCACUCAGUGUGGGAAGAGUUUUCGCCAAUCGUCAUCCCUUUAUAAACACAUGAGGAUCCACACUGGAGAGAAACCAUUCACAUGCACUCAGUGUGGGAAGAGUUUCCGCCAAACAUCAUCACUUAAUAAACACUUGAGGAUCCACACUGGAGAGAAACCAUUCACAUGCACUCAGUGUGGAAUAAGUUUUAACUGCUCAUCAUACCUUAAACAACACAUGAGGAUCCACACUGGAGAGAAACCAUUUACUUGCACUCAGUGUGGGAGGAGUUUCAACCGCUCAUCAAACCUUGAUCACCACAUGAGGAUCCACACUGGAGAGAAACCAUUUACUUGCACUCAGUGUGGGAAGAGUUUCAACCGCUCAUCAAACCUUGAUCAACACAUAAGGAUCCACACUGGAGAGAAACCAAUAACGUGCACUCUGUGUGGGAAGAGUUUUCGCCAAUCAUCAUCCCUUUCUAAACACAUGAGGACCCACACUGGAGAGAAACCAUUUACUUGCACUCAGUGUGGGAAGAGUUUCAACCGCUCAUCACACCUUAAUCAACACAUAAGGAUCCACACUGGAGAGAAACCAUUCACUUGCUCUCAGUGUGGGAAGAGAUUCAACCGAUCAGCAAACCUUAAUAAACACAUGAAAAUCCACACUGAUGUGAAAGAGUAUAUGCACUUUGAGUGUGAGAAGACUUAUUACAGCUCCAAAAUUAAAACUGCACACAACAGGAUUCACACUGGAGAGAAACCGUACAGCUGCACUCAGUGUGGAAAGAGUUUGGCAAGCAAAAGCAAACUAAAGACUCACAUGAGGAUCCACACUGGAGAGAAACCAUUCUCAUGCUAUCAAUAUGGGAAAAGUUUCAGCAAAUCAUCACUUUAUAGACACAAGAAGAUCCACACCGGUAAAAAAACAUUUACUUGCACUCAGUGUGGGAAGAGUUUUAACUGCUCAUCACACCUUAAUCAACACAUCAGGAUCCACACUGGAGAGAAACCAUUCAGAUGCACUCAGUGUGGGAAGAGUUUUAACUGCUCAUCACACCUUAAUGAACACAUGAUGAUCCACACUGGAGAGAAACCAUUCCCUUGCACUCAGUGUGGGAAGAGUUUUAGCAAAUCAUCGUCGCUUUAUAGACACAUGAGGAUCCACACUGGAGAAAAACCAUUCACUUGCACUGAGUGUAGGAAGAGUUUCAGCCAAUCAUCAUCCCUUAAUCUACACAUGAGGAUCCACACUGGAGAGAAACCAUUCACAUGCACUGAGUGUGGGAACAGUUUCAGUAAAUCAUCAUCGCUUUAUACACACAUGAAGAUCCACACCGGAGAAAAACCAUUCACUUGCACUGAGUGUGGGAAGAGUUUCAUCCAAUCAUCAUGCCUUAAUGUACACAUGAGGAUCCACACUGGAGAGAAACCUUUCACAUGCACUCAGUGUGGGAAGAGUUUCAUCCACUCAUCACACCUUAAUCAACACCUCAUGAUCCACACUGGAGAGAAGCCAUUCAAAUGCACUCAGUGUGGGAAGAGUUUUAGCCAAUCAUACCUUAAAAAACACAUGAAGAUUCACACUGGUGUGAGAGAGUAUAUGUGCUUGGAGUGUGAGAAGACUUUUAUUACAGCUGCAGAAUUGAAACGGCACAAGAGGAUACACACUGGAGAAAAACCGUACAAGUGUUCACAGUGCAGUAAGAGGUUUACUCACUCAGGAACCCUGAAAACACAUGAGAGGAUUCACACUGGAGAGAAACUGUACAAGUGUUCACACUGCAGUAAGAGGUUUGCUCACUCAGGAACCCUGAAAGCACAUCAGAGGAUUCACACUGGAGAUAAACUGUAGACGUGAUCAGUGUGUAUUAGGGUUGGUUACCGAAACCCGGUGCCAUUUUAGCACCGCUACCUUGGUAACUGGUAUGUAUCGGUAUUAAAUCAGCAUAUGAAUUUCGGUGCUUAAUUUCGGUGCUGCAACA